GGGUGGGCCGCUCGGACUUCCGGUUUGGGAGCUGGACUGGGAGGCUGGAGAACCCGGGCUGGAGCCCUACCCCGAGCGGGUGAGGCUAGCCCGCGGUCAGAAAUGCGAGUGGGUUGAGCGACAGCCCGAGAGGGAGAAUAUCCCAGGAGUGGGUCGGAGGGUGCUCUCAGGGCGCUUAGCCCGGUCGGAGGCCUCUGGAGGGGCUCACGACGGCUUUCGAGAGUGACCUGGCCGGAGGGAGAGAAGACAAAGAGGCCGGAACCCCGCACCCGCGAACCUUGCAGCCCUCGGAGCGCUUGGCCAGCACCCGAGCUCGUCCUCAGGAGACCCAUGACUACUGCCCCUUCGGACUCCCACUCUCCACCAACUCAGUGGGACUCUCCCCAAGCCCACCCGGCCCUCGCUUCAGGAGCCAAAACCAACUUCUGUCAGUGCGCGAGGUUUCCAGUCACUAGUUCCCGGCUAUUUACUGAGCGGUUACUUCUGCUGUGAGGGAGAACAAAGACCCAGUAUUCAGAGGAAACUCUUCUUACAGAGAGAGACUCAUCUGCAGGUGAUUCUCCAAGGACAUGAGAAGAUGGGUGUAAGCCCUGGAACCUAGACCCUUAAGUGGAGGGAAGCUGCUUUCUGCUGUGAACGAUGGCCAAACCCACCCUGAGAGGGAAUGGCACUAACUCUGAGACCUUCCGACAGCGCUUCAGGAGAUUUCAUUACCAGGAGGUAGCUGGGCCCCGGGAGGCUUUCAGCCAACUCUGGGAACUUUGCUGUCGGUGGCUAAGGCCGGAGGUGCGCACCAAGGAGCAGAUUGUAGAAUUGUUGGUGCUAGAGCAGUUCCUGACCGUCUUACCUGGGGAGAUCCAGAAAUGGGUACAAAAGCAAUGUCCAGAAAGUGGAGAGGAGGCAGUGGCUCUGGUGGAAGAUUUAGAAAGAGAGCCUGGAAGACCUGGACGUUCGGUCACAGUCUCUGUGAAGGGGCAGGAAGUGCGCUUGGAGAAGAUGACACCCCUGAAAUCAUCACGAGAGUUAUUAAGUGUUCGGCAGGAGUCAGUGGAACCCCAGCCCAGGGGUGUACCCAAGAAAGAGAGGGCAAGAAACCCAGACCUGGGACCACAGGAGCAGAUGAACCCAAAGGAGAAGCUCAGACCUUUUCAAAGGAGCGGAUUUCCAUUUCCUAAAUCCAGUGUGGUCUCCAAGUUGGAGCAAGGAGAGCCGUGGAUCCCAGAUCUGGGCUCCAAGGAGAAGGAACUCCCAAGAGGCAGUCACACAGGAGACAGACGAAUGCAUGCUGAUCUGUUACCAUCCAGGAGAGAGAGAAGAAGCUGGGUGGAACAGGAUCACUGGGGCUUCGAGGAUGAGAAGGUGGCAGGUGUGCACUGGGGCUAUGAAGAGACCAGAACUCUCCUCGCAAUUCUCAGUCAAACUGAGUUUUAUGAGGCUCUCCGAAACUGUCAUCGAAACAGCCAAGUGUAUGGGGCUGUGGCUGAGCGGCUCCGGGAGUAUGGGUUCCUCCGGACCCUGGAGCAGUGUAGGACCAAGUUCAAAGGUCUCCAGAAGAGCUAUCGGAAAGUCAAGAGUGGCCACCCACCUGAGACCUGCCCCUUCUUUGAAGAAAUGGAAGCCCUGAUGAGUGCCCAGGUCAUUGCCCUGCCCAGUAAUGGCCUGGAGGAGGCAGCCUCUCACUCUGGCCUGGUGGGCAGUGAUGCUGAGACUGAGGAGCCAGAGCAACAGGACUGGCAGCACAAGGAGGGAGAAGAGGCCAUGGCUGAAGAGUCUGACAGUGAGGAAGUGGGCCAGGAGGCCACCCCCCAGGACCCCGACAACUCCACCACACCCGUCCUUUUCCGAAGCCCAAGUGGUGUACACUGGGGCUAUGAAGAGACAAAGACCUACCUUGCAAUUCUUAGUGAGACUCAGUUUUAUGAAGCCCUCCAGAACUGCCACCGCAACAGCCAGUUGUAUGGAGCAGUGGCUGAGCGGUUAUGGGAAUAUGGCUUCCUUAGGACACCAGAGCAGUGUCGGACCAAGUUUAAAAGCCUCCACACCAGCUAUCGGAAGGUCAAGAAUGGCCAAGCACCAGAGACCUGUCCCUUCUUUGAAGAGAUGGAUGCUUUGGUGAGUGCCCGGGGUGCUGCCCUGCCCAGUGAUGGCCGGGAAGAGGAGGCAGCCUUGUGUCCCACCCAGGAGACCAGUGAGGCCGAAGCCGAGAAGCAAGCCGAGGAAGCAGAUGAGGCCAUAGAAGAAGAUUCGGAAGAUGAUGAAGAGGAUACCGAGGUACCCCCAGAGGCUAUGACCCGUGCUCCAGUCUUAUUUCAGAGCCCCAGUGGUUUUGAGGCUGGAUUUGAGAAUGAAGAGAAUCUAAAACGGGAUAUUGCUGAGGAAGUACAACUACAUAGGACGUUACUUGCAAGGUCUGAGAGGAAAAUUCCCCGGCAUCUUAAUCAAGGUAAAGGCACUGAGAGUGAAUGUAGAUCAGGAAGACAGUGGGAGAAGACCCCAGGGGAGAGAAGAGGAAAACCAACAUUCCCAGAGAGGAGUUUAGGUAAAGUUCUAAGUCAUCAGAGACCUUACUUGGGGGAGAGACCCUAUAAAUAUCUCAGAUAUGGCAAAAGCUUUGGUCCAAACUCCCAUCUCGUGCAUCAGAUAUCCCCUCAAGUAGAAAAUCCAUAUAAAUGUGCUGACUGUGGGAAAAGCUUCAGUCGGAGUGCACGCCUCAUUAGACACCGGAGAAUCCACACUGGAGAGAAACCUUAUAAAUGUCUUGACUGUGGGAAAAGUUUCCGUGACAGUUCAAAUUUCAUCACCCAUAGAAGAAUCCACACAGGAGAGAAACCGUAUCAGUGUGGUGAGUGUGGAAAACGCUUCAACCAGAGCUCAAGCCUUAUCAUUCACCAGAGAACCCACACAGGAGAAAAGCCCUAUCAGUGUGAAGAGUGUGGAAAAAGCUUCAAUAACAGUUCUCAUUUUAGUGCACAUCGAAGGAUACACACAGGAGAGAGACCCCAUGUGUGUUCUGACUGUGGAAAGAGUUUCAGUAAGAGUUCUGACUUACGUGCACACCACAGAACCCACACAGGAGAGAAACCCUAUGGGUGUCAUGACUGUGGCAAGUGCUUCAGUAAAAGCUCUGCUCUUAAUAAGCACCGAGAGAUCCACACACGAGAAAAACUUCUCUCACAGCCAGCCCCUAAGUAAGCCCCUCAGGAUCUAUGAAGAAAACAGUCUCAUUACAUGUAUUGAAAUUGUUUAGAAAAGUCCUCCAAUAGUGAGAUCCAUCUCCUAAUCUGUGCCUGGCUAGUUUAGGAAAUACUCUAGAAUUUACCCCACUGUUUGUUUCUAUGUCUCUCCUGGAUCUAGAGUCAAAUUCCCAAAGCAUCUUAAGAAUGAAAGGAAGAUUUCAUUCCCUCUCCUUGCCUUUAUUGACGGUAACACCUUUCCCUCUCAGUGCCUAUGUUGUUCCCUUAAUAGAGAGGACACAGUAGUAGAUCCUAUGAGUUUGACAUGCACCCUUCUUUACUCAUCCUGUUAUAAACUGCAUUUCAACUAGAAAAACCCAUCACAGCAGCAUUUCAUGGAGAAGUAGUAAGAAUUCUCAUUGAAUGGGUGUAGCUCUUUAUAUAGCAAUGGAAAUGCAAAAAAGAAUGACUUUUCCUGCUCACUUAACCCUGUGCUCAGAAUGACAUAUUUGUCAUGCACACUCUUUCUUUACCUUAAAGAAGGAGAGUUUAAGUGUCCAAUUUGGUUCUGACCUAUAAGUCAUUUUGUCAAGAACCUAGGUGUGCUAUAUGGGGAAACAAUGUAAACCUCGUAUAAAUAUUGAGGUGUGAACCCUGGAUUUCUUAGUUUCUUCCAAGCCCUAGAAGCUUUGGAAUAGAAAAAUACUGUAUUUACAGCGUCUGGUGUGAUUUUUUUUUUCUGGUCCAUCUCAUCUGAAUUUCAUGUGUCCCUUGUGGUCCAGAAGCCUAAAGAGCAAGCCAGUUGGAUGCGGUGAUAGGGAAAGCAGUUAGAACUGCCAAGAGGGAAUUGUCCAUAUUCCACACACUCUAAACACAGAUUAUCUUUGGUCAGUGGAGUUGACAAUACUUAACACACACACACAUGCACACAUAUUCAACUGUAUACAUCUACUUUUAAAAGCAGUUCUUCAAAUGCAAGUGUACUUCUGAUCUUUAUGAUCAAAUAGUAUUGAAUUAAUUGCCCACAUGUUCAUAGCAGUAUGAUGAGCAGGUACAGCACAAGUUAAACAGACCCUGUCCUCUUCCUUACAACCUAAAACAGAUGACACUGACAUGGACAAAUAGUGCACAUGUAUAGCUGCAACAGUUUUAGAGAAAUCUAGAAAGCUAGGUAGUAACACUAUGCAUAAACCUUAAGGUCUAAUGCAUUAGAGUUUGGAAAAAAUUUGAGAGGUAUUUUCUUCUCUUUAAUCAGGAAGGCUUCAUGAAGCAGGAAGUGCUCAGAGGGAAGGUUACUAGGUGGGAUGAACUUUCCAAAACUCAUUGCAAAACUGAGUGCUGAAUGGGUGAGAAAUGGGAAAACUGGGGAGCAAGGGAGCAGAGGGCAAAGGACAGACUGUAAGGAAGGUUAGACAAAGCUUGGAGUAGCACAAAAUUGGAGGGGUAGCAAGAUACGGGCCGUGCAGAAGGCAGAGAGGGACUUGGCUCAGCUAAAACAUGGAGUGCCAGGCAGAUAGGAGAUGGGCUCCCAUCCUCCAGAGUAAAUCAGGUACUGUGCUGUGCUUACUGACAAGGAAACAGCUGACUGGCGCUGGGGAAGAAGGAUGAGCAGUCUUAGGGGACUAGCUCCUAUGGGAGACGAAGGUCAGAAACCAGUAUCUUAAGAAGAUACUUCAAUGGGCAGUUCAAAGGAAAGAAGAACGUGAGUGAUGGCCAAGGCCUGGGAUAAGUAGCUGCAUCAUUAGUCACAUUGAAUGAGUUGGGAUGGGAAUGAGAUCUGAGAGAGAAGUGGGGAGGUAGAAUUUUCUAAAAUCCAUAGCUUACUAUGGUAGAUGAAAGAUUAAUUAGGGUUCUGGUGCUGAGGGAAUUUCCUAAUUCCUAACUCUUACGAAUUAAGGGGAGAUGGUGUCUCAAUUAUGUUGCCUAAGCAGACAGGAAGAUACAAGCAACACGAGUCUAAAGCAAUGCCUCGGGAUCUGAGAUAGUUUAGGAAGUGUGCUAUAGUGUUUUUUAAAAAAUGAGAGAUCACUGUCUUCAGUAUGUCUAUGUAUUAGUCUUGUGGAAAAAGCACUGGUGUGGUACCAACAGAUACAAAUUCUGGUUCCAGAUGUCUUAUGUGUAAGUCAACCUGCCUCCAUUUCCCUUUCUGUAAAGCAGAACAGUGUUUACACCUUAAUCUGCCUCUCAGGGAUAUCAUGUUAAUAAAAAUUCUAUCUAUAAAAUGCCCAGUGGUUCUCUAGGUGUUUUUUUUAAAAAAUGUUUAUAUGCAAAUUAUGAUAAAGUUGUUGCUGGUAGGAAAAGAUAAAUCUUUACCUGCUUUUUCUGGCUGCCUGUAUGGGGUUACUACAAGUAUGCCUGUCUGAAUCUUUAUGUUCUAGGCUGAAAAACAAAUUAGAAUGUGGUAAAAUAGAAACAAAAAUCUUUCCUUAGUAUCUGUAUCCAUAUCCAUUGGGACCCAUCAUAACUGGGCAUGGAGAAUGAGUCAAUUUUAAAAGACCCAGGACCAGCCCUGCAACCUCCAGAUGAAGAGAAUGUGCAAAAGGAAUAGGGCAAGAAAACCAUAAUUCAAAGAGUCAUGUACCACAAUGUUCA